GAAGCGCGGGGAGGGGGCCGAGCGGGUGGCAAAGCCGGCGCGCGCCCGGCUGGGGGCGGAGGGCGGAGGCCCGCGGGUCGGAACAGCCGCGGCGGUGCCGGUGGAGGGAACCGAGGCGGCGACGAGCCUGGGGGUCGCGACUUGCAGCGGCGGCGGCAUCGGCGACGGCGGGCCCGGAGGCGGGCGGAGAGCCGGGGCGCGAUGGAGCGGAAGAGGUGGGAGUGCCCGGCGCUCCCGCAGGGCUGGGAAAGGGAAGAAGUGCCCAGGAGGUCGGGGCUGUCGGCCGGCCACAGGGAUAUCUUUUACUAUAGCCCCAGCGGGAAGAAGUUCCGCAGUAAGCCACAGCUGGCACGCUAUCUGGGCGGCUCCAUGGACCUCAGCACCUUCGACUUCCGCACGGGAAAAAUGCUGAUGAAUAAGAUGAAUAAGAGCCGCCAGCGCGUGCGCUAUGACUCCUCCAACCAGGUCAAGGGCAAGCCUGACCUGAACACCGCACUGCCUGUACGGCAGACUGCAUCCAUCUUCAAGCAACCGGUGACAAAGAUCACCAACCACCCCAGCAACAAGGUGAAGAGCGACCCACAGAAGGCGGUGGACCAGCCGAGGCAGCUGUUCUGGGAGAAGAAACUGAGUGGCUUGAGUGCCUUUGACAUCGCGGAGGAGCUUGUCAGAACCAUGGACCUGCCCAAGGGCCUGCAGGGAGUGGGCCCGGGCUGCACAGAUGAAACACUGCUGUCCGCCAUUGCCAGUGCGCUGCACACCAGCACUCUACCCAUCACAGGCCAGCUCUCUGCAGCCGUGGAGAAGAAUCCUGGUGUGUGGCUGAACACUGCGCAGCCACUGUGCAAAGCUUUCAUGGUGACUGAUGACGACAUCAGGAAGCAGGAGGAGCUGGUGCAGCAGGUGCGCAAACGCCUGGAGGAGGCGCUGAUGGCCGACAUGCUGGCCCACGUGGAGGAGCUGGCCCGUGACGGGGACGCACCACUGGACAAGGCCUGCACCGAGGACGACGAAGAUGAAGAUGAGGAAGAUGACGAACCAGAGCCUGAGCGUGUCUAGCGCAGAUGUCCCGGCCAAGUUCAGGUCGCAGACUUCCCUCAGCCUUGCCUGGACCUGGUGGAGGCCAAGCCAGCAGGCAACAAGCCUCCAUCUUCUUCCCAGGGCCUUUUCCAGCUGCUGGGUCUCAGUGCAGGGAGCCCCCUGUGGGCCUUGGACUCAUUUGCCCCUGUGCUUCCUGGCGAGAAACCCCACACUGAAAACUGAAGGUCGGAGCCCCACUUGGGAGGUGGCCUCAUCGUUACCUUCCUGCGUCCUCCCCAUAGGAACAGGCCCUGCUUAGCACCAAGGACACCAAGGAGCUACAAGCUUUGUUGGGCACUGGAGGGAGGUUCCUGCCUUUCAAUGUCGGAUCAGGGUCUAGGCUGCUGCCAGUCUCGGGUUGCUCAGCCUCCCCGAGCUGAGGGCCAGCAAGCAGCCAGGAACUUGGUUUCCUUCAAUAAACCUAUGGUAGGAACUUC